CCAAUCCAACUUAGUUUUGAAUCGAUUGUCUUCCACGGCCUCAAGCUCCCAGACAUCUUCAAGGUCAUCAGCACCCUGAGAGGACCAUCCUCGCGUAACGCCCUCUUCAGGUUCUUCUCCCAUACUCUCCCAAUCAAUCAUAUGAGAGCAGACGCUGACUGUACCCUCUGUGGCAACUCCUGCACAGACCAACCCUACAAUCACUUCUUCUUUGACUGCAGCAAUGUGGCAACCCAAGAAGCCAUGCGCCCAGCCUUAGACUUGGUGAAGCAACGCUCUGGUAUCAAUGUCAGAGAAUGGAACAUCAAAGCACUGGACAUCUCCACAAAGUCUCGUCGCCCCAACCUUCCAUUCAUCCACCUCAUGGCAAUCAUCGUCAACUACCUCUGGCACUACAUCGCCAACCACCUCUUUGGCAACAAGGAGGCCCCGUUGACCAAGCUCAGCUUGGUGUGCAUCACAUCCUUCAAGUCCCUCCUCCGCCAGGAGUGGCGUUCCCUCAUGUCCACGCUAACGAGUCACAUCCUGGCCGGACGACCAGUCAACAUCAAGAAUGAGAUGGCCGAGUUCACUACCAAGUGGCACCUCAGCACUCGCAACAGCGACAUCCGUCUUCCGCCUCUGCCGCCAACUAUCAACAAAUACUUGGUG